GCGGAGGCCGCUAGUACGCAGGCGCGCUCGGAAGUGGGUGCCGGCGGGGCUCAGCUGAGGCGACGGAGAUGCCGCCGCUGUCCGAACCAAUGACACUUUCCUUGGCUGGACCAGAGAAGUGUGAGGUGUGGAAUCGCCCGCAGUUGCUAAUGUGCUGCAGGAGUUAGGAACGCGGAGAUUUUGCUCCGGCUCCUUCAAGCACGUGGAGAAUAUGGAGGAGGGUGUAAAAGAGCCAACGAAGAGACUGGACACUCAGCCUGCGGCUUCUCCUGGGAUCAACCGGCAGAUAUCGGCGGGGGAAUUCUCUUGCCACUGCUGCUAUGAUAUUCUUGUCGAUCCCACCACUUUGAACUGUGGGCAUAGCUUCUGUAGACAUUGCCUAGCGUUGUGGUGGACGUCCUCCAAGAAAAACGAGUGUCCAGAAUGCAGGGGGAAAUGGGAAGGGUUCCCCAAAGUUAACAUUCUCCUCAGGGACGCCAUCGAAAAGCUCUUCCCAGAUGCUAUUGAACAGCGGAAAGAGGAUAUCCAUCAAAGCAGUGACGCGUCCCACAGCCUCGCUGCCUUUCAGAAAUAUGGGAGUGACCAGACGCCUACAGCUCCACAUGUAGGGAGAGUGAAUCCUCGGGGAGGAGGCUUUUUCUCUGGAGUUCUGACGGCUUUAACGUGUGUAGCGGUGGUUUUGCUUGGCUAUCACUGGAGCAGCCGGGAGUCGGAAGACGAUCUCCUUGUCCACAGACCUGUUGCCAAAUGGACGGCUGAGGAGGUGAUACACUGGCUGGGCCAACUGGGACCUUGGACUUCUCUCUACAAAGAGAGUUUUUUACUUGAGAGAGUUAAUGGAAGGCUCCUUUUAAUGCUAACUGAUGAGGAUUUUGCAAAGGCUCCUUACCACGUGGAGAACAGUAGCCACAGAAAAGCCAUUCUGAUGGAGCUGGAGCGCGUGAAAGCACUGGGCAUUAAGCCACCCCAGAACCUUUGGGAAUACAAGGCUGUGCAUCCCGGCAAGGCACUGUUCCUGCUGUAUGCCUUGAAGAGCUCCCCUCGGCUCACGCUGCUGUACCUGUACCUGUUUGAUUACACGGAUGUCUUUCUCCCCUUUAUCCACACCAUCUGUCCUGUUCAGGAGGAGGAGUUUGAGGACAUUAUUGCUAAACUGCUAGACCUGAAGGAGCCCACUUGGAAGCAGUGGCGAGAAUUCUUCGUGAAAUACUCUUUCCUCCCUUACCAGCUGGUUGCGGAGUUUGCUUGGGACUGGCUUGAGGUGCAUUACUGGACAUCCCGGUUCAUCAUAGUUAAUGCCAUGCUGCUCUCUGUGCUGGAGCUCUUCUCCUUCUGGAGGCUGUGGUCGAGGAGGCAGCUCAAAACAAUUCCUCACCGGAUGUGGAGCCAUUUCUGGAAGGUUUCAACCCAGGGAUUCCUGAUGGCCGUUUUCUGGCCUGUUAUUCCUCAGUUUGCUUGCAACUGCCUCUUCUACUGGGCUCUGUACUUUAACCCAAUUAUAAACAUUGACCUUGUGGUGAAGGAGGUGCGUCGCUUGGAAACCCAAGUGCUCUGAUGGGCUGCUCUGGGGGCGGCCCAGUGGCGCGUGACAUCCUGAGCCAUCUAGCAGAAAGGCAACUUUCUUUUUACUGUGAUAAACUCAUGCUGAUCUUCUUGUCGUCUGUUAAAUUAACAGCACAUCUGUUUUGUGGCAAGCCCCCCCUUCCUUUUUUUAAGCAGCGAGGGCUGUUAAGCGGUGGGAGAGGGUCAGGACGUCGGGUUUGGGGUUUUUUGGGGGGGGGGCGUAAUGGAAGCAUCAGCUCCGCCUGCCAUUUUCAGUCUUGAGGAGAGCAGUAGAAGAAACCCCUCAAAAAUGCCACACGGUCAAGCUCUUUCUCCAGUUCUGUGUUGUGAAAUGAGUUCAGUAUUCAAGCAGUUCGAUUCUAUCCUAAACAGAUACUUGUUUCAACGCUGACUCAGCUCCCUCCCUCCUCCUCUUCCCCCACCGCUGUGGUCUUUCUUUUUUCUUUUUGUCCUUUUGACUUGGGAGAUAUUUCUGCUGCUGUAUGAACUUUCUAGGUCUGCUUGUCAACCACAAUCAAUUUUUAAAAAGAUGCCCUUGCAUGUAAAUGCUGACUGUGAAAUGGUGUUUUUUGUAUAGACCUAAAAUGCCACCUCUGUUGCCAUUGGUUAAAUGUAUGCCAAAACCAAGAUUAGCUUUGUUUUAAAUGCAGCGUCCUUAUAAAUGAACCGUGACGCUGCAUUUAUAUUACUUUGAUCUUUAGAUUUGCAUAUGAACAUUUCUAAGAAUUAAACAAAGAUUUGUUUUGUAAUAUUUA